UGCUUAUCGCGUUGAUGAGAUUUCUCCUGCUCACCCCUUUACAACAUGUUCCGAAGUCUUUACUCUCCGUAAUUGAUGGCUGUAUGGAAACAAAUCUCGAUAGAAAGCUGAGCCAGAGGAUUUUCCCUUAACCGAGCUCGAGUAGGGCCGUCGAUCUCCGUCUCUUCAUAGCAUCCCAUACUCCACAUGGACAUCACGUCGACUAUGCAGGGAAGCGCAUAAGCAAGCAAGCCUGUUGAUAUAACUCCCAGCUAGGUUGGUAUUUUUCACGUUUACUUGACGUCGACCAGUUGUAAGCAUGACCCAAAAUGCGAACCUUCAUGGUACCAAUCUCGGUAUCGAACAUGAUCGCGCGUGGGGAACUCGAACCGACCUCUCACGCUGGCGGAUGCGCGAUGUUGAAGGUCGUCAUUCUUGGCAUUACCUAGAAGACGACGAGGACGCGAAACAGUGGCCCCAGACGUAUGCCGACAAGUGGUAUCUCGGUUUACCAACGGGCUUACCCGACCUUCCAAAACCGAGAAACCCUCUGGAAUCGGUGCAAAAUGGCCUCUCAUUCCUCUCACAUCUCCAACUCCCUCCCGGGAACUGGGGAUGUGAAUUUGGGGGCCCUCAGUUUCUCUUAGGUGGCGUAGUCAUUGCGUGGUACGUCACUGGAACGCCCAUUUCCCAAGCCUACCGCACCGAAAUCAAGAGUUACCUCUUCUCCCGCGCAAACAGCGAUGGCGGCUGGGGCCUUCACCACGAGGCCAAAAGCAGUAUCCUCGGCACUGCCUUCAAUUACGCGAUCUUGCGCAUCAUUGGCGUGGAUGCUGACCAUCCCAAUUUGAUAAAGGCGCGCGGCACUCUGCACAGGCUGGGUGGUGCUACUCACGCUCCUCACUGGCCCAAGUUCUGGCUCGCUUUGAUGGGGGUGGUGAAGUGGGAGGCAGUCAAUCCUUGCCCGCCAGAAGCGUGGCUACUCCCCGACUGGGUCCCCUUCCAUCCGUGGCGAUGGUGGGUACAUAUCAAGUACGUGUAUCUGGCCAUGUCGUGGUUCUACUCGAAGAAAUGGGUCAUGGAGGAGACGGAGCUCACGCGAAGCUUACGGAAGGAGAUGUUCGUCCAACCCUGGGAACAGAUUGAUUGGUGUGCGCACAGGAAUUCAAUCGCCGACAUCGAUAAUCACCGCCCAAAGUCGAUGUUGCUGAACACGAUCAACUGGACCCUCGUCAAUGUCUGGCAACCAUAUCUGAGGCCUAACUUCCUGAAAGAAAGAGCCGAACGCUGGGUUGCUGAAUUGAUCGAUAUGGAGAGCGAGAAUACUCAUUACUUGGGAUUGGCCCCUGCUAAUGGCGCCAUGAACAUGCUCAUGUACUAUGCGAGCAAGGGCCCAGAUUCCUACGAGUUUCGUCGUGCUCAAGAGGGUCUCCAUGAGUUCAUGUGGGUCAACCACGAAGGCAUGUUUUGCAAUGGCACAAAUGGCAUUCAGUGUUGGGACACCGCUUUCACCGUUCAGGCAGUCGUGGAAGCUGGUCUUGCACAAGACGAAAGAUGGCGGCCCAUGUUAAUCAAAGCUCUUCAGUUCUUGGACGGCCAACAGUUCCGAGACGAAGUACCUCGCCAAUAUCGAGGGUACAGGCAUCGCCGAAAAGGCGGCUGGGCGUUCAGUAAUAAAUUCCAGGGAUAUCCUGUGUCGGACUGCGUGUCAGAAGCUCUGAAGGCCGUCAUCAUGCUUCAAAGGAUUCCAGAGAUGCCGCAGCUUCUCGAGGAUCAACGCAUUUACGAUGCUGUCGACACAUUAUUGACAUAUCAAAAUCCUACCGGCGGAUGUGCAUCUUACGAGCGGAUUAGAGGUCCUCCAUGGGUGGAGCUCUUCAAUGCAGCCGAGGUCUUCGAGAAUAUCAUGGUCGAACACGAUUACACGGAAUGCACCACUGCAGCUGUCACUGCGCUCUCGCUCUUCAGGACUCACUGGCCCUCGUACCGCGCCGCCGACGUAAGUUCCUUCAUCGACCGUGCUGUCGCAUGGAUCAAAACACAGCAAUAUCCGGAUGGCUCCUGGUACGGAAACUGGGGCAUUUGCUUCACUUACGGCACCAUGUUUGCCUUGGAAGCCCUUGCUACCAUUGGUGAGAUCUACAGCACUAGUGGCCCCGCGAAACGGGGCUGCGAAUUUCUCCUCUCAAAGCAACGAGAGGAUGGGGGAUGGAGUGAGUGCUAUGAGGCAUGCGAGAAACACGAAUACAUCGAGCACGCCUCCGGUUCGCAGGUAGUCAUGACGGCAUGGGCUCUAAUCGGACUCAUGAACGCCCAAUACCCAGAUAUCGCCCCUUUACGACGUGGUAUCAAACUCUUGAUGGAUCGACAACAGACUAAUGGCGAGUGGAAGCAGGAGGCUGUUGAAGGGGUUUUUAAUAAGAGCACGAUGUGCACUUAUCCGAAUUAUAAGUUCCAUUUUACGCUAAAGGCGCUGGGGAUGUUUUCGAGGAAAUAUCCGGAUGAGACUGUCGUAUAGUCGGUCAGCGAGACAGUCAGUAUAAUAUCUCCUCGCGUUCUUCUCGAAUGCUAUUCAAACCAAGCGUAAAACGUGUUUCGGAAAUUCGAUCCGUUUCACGGGUUCGAAGCUUGUUGGAAGUGCUGGGUCGCAGUUCCUUCUCAAUUUCAUUCGUAAGAGGUUCGAUUUCAUGACCGUGAAUACACAUGCGGAGCUUCUAUAACACGGAGAAGAAACCGGUUGUCCAUUGACGGUAAGCUGAGCGACAUCACCAUGAGGAAAAAUCGACGCAUGAUUUAAUGGCGAACAGCGUCUAUAUGUGUAACACCAGUUUACGGUCAGAAUUGCUCCUCUUCAAACGCCUUCACCAAAAUCUGGCAACUCCAACACCCAGACGGAAG